AUGACUAAGAAUUUUGAAGAUAAACUUGGCCAAGGAGGCUUUGGUUCUGUUUACAAAGGAAAGCUUCGAAGUGGCUAUCUUGUAGUAGUCAAAUUGCUUGGAAAAUCUGCAGCAAAUGGGAAAGAUUUCAUGAAUGAAAUAGGAACUAUUGGGAGGAUCCAUCAUAUUGCAGUUGAAGUGGCCCGAGGGAUCAAAUAUUUGCCCCAUGGUUGUGACAUUCAGAUUUUGCAUUUUGACAUCAAACCUCACAAUAUACUUUUUGAUGAUAAGUUCGUCCCAAAAAUAUUGGAUUUUAGAUUGGCGAAAUUAUGCUCCACAAACAAGGAGAUAGUUAUAGUGACGGCUGCAAGAGGAACCAUAGGGUAUGUUGCUCCAGAACUGAUCAAUAGAAGUAUUGGCGCAGUGUCUUACAAGGCUGAUGUGUAUAGUUUUGGGAUGUUGAUUGAAAUGGUGGGAUUAAACAAAGACUUGCCAUGA